AUGGAUGAUUCAACGGAGUUGAAGUGUCCUGAUAACAAUACCGGGAACCCAGCCUUGACAAUGACCACACAGGUCGCUGCCAUUUUGGUUUUAUCUCAUGUUUUUCAGAUCUUCCUCAAACCCUUGGGCCAACCUGCUCCGCUUGCUCAGAUCCUCGCGGGAUUCGUGCUAGGUCCAUCAGGUUUAUCAAGAUCACCAAGAAUACACGUGUUCUUCUUUCAGAAUUUUGCCGUUGAUUUCUACGAAAGUCUGGCAUUGUACUGUAGAAUUAGUAUCAUGUUUCUCAUGGGGCUCGAGAUGGACGUUCCUUAUCUAAUGCGAAACUUACGCCCAGCAAGCAUUAUUGCAUUUGGUGGUUGUUUCAUGUGCACAGUCUUUGCAGCUGCUAUUUCUUAUUUCGUGUAUGAUGAGACAGGAUCUCGUGGAUCACAUUUCACAUUGGCUUUAGUAAUCACAGUGAUUUUAGCCAACACAGCUUCUCCCAUUGUAUUUCGGUUAGCAGCUGAUUUGAAGUUUGCGACCUCUGAUAUUGGCCGACUCGCUAUAUCUUCUUCUUUGAUUGGAGACAUGUAUGCUGUGUUCAUUUUGGUUCUAGUCUCGGGGGAAAAACACAAACGAACGGUUAACGGUUGGGUACUCAUGGCCUUCUGUUCACUCCUACUUCUUGUGGGCAUUAUUAUUUUCACAACACACUUAGUUAACUGGCUUAACCGCCGAAAUAGAAACCAAAAGAACCUUCAAGCCUUAGAAGUGAUGAUAAUCUGUUUGGUCAUUCUUGUUGCGGCCAUGACUCUGGAAACCAUGGGAUUUAGCAGCAUAAUAGCAUGUUUUCUUAUGGGGUCGACGUUCCCAAGGGGAGGGAAAUCAGCUCGAACGUUAUUGGCCAUCCUCACGUAUAUGGUUCACAACUUCAUAUUCCCCAUCUACUUUGGCUACACCGGGUUCAAAGCCGAUACAACUUAUAUAAACGAGUUAAAGAAGAUUGGCAUUGUUGUAAUGGUUAUUGUGUUGAGCAUUGGUGGCAAGAUCCUCGGCACCCUUUCCGCUUGUCGUUAUCUAAAGACGCCAUUAAACGAGGGUGUUCUUCUUGCUGUUCUAAUGAACAUGAAGGGGCAUGUAGAUAUUUUGACCUUGACAACAGCUAUGCAAAAUAAAGUGUUAACGAGUGCGAUAUUCUACAAUUUGAUGGUUUCAGCUGUGGUGAUUAGUUCCCUAAUCUCAGCUGCACUAAUCGGUUUCUUGGUGAGAAGAGAAAGCAAUACAAUCGGUCUCAAGCACAUACCGAUGGAAUUUCACAGUCCCGAUAAGGAACUAAAACUACUUGCGUGUGUGCAUAGUCGCCACCCCGUCAACACCAUGGUCAGGCUCAUUGUAUCACUAAGAGGGUCCGAUGAUGUCCCUAUUUCUCCGUACUUAAUGCAUUUGAUCGAGCUUCCCGAGAAAAUAAAGAAGAGUUCAUCAUAUUAUGAACCAGAAGAAGAUGAAUUUAGUGAUGAUGAAGAUUAUUGCAGCAAUGAUGUUGUGGAGAUAAAUGAGGCUGUUGACAUUUUCAUUGAAGAGACCCAAAUGAUGAUCCAUCAAGUUCAAACAAUUGCACCUUUCUUCAGCAUGUAUCAAGAUGUUUGCGAUUUUGCUGAUGAUAUUCGUGCAUCGUUUAUCGUUCUUCCGUUUCAUAAACAUCAAAGAAUCGAUGGGAAAUUCGAGAACGACAAGGAAGGUGUGAGGACUACGAACCAGAAAGUGUUGAGAAACGCUCAAUGCUCGGUGGCUAUGCUUGUAGAUCGUGGGCAUACGACUACGGGCACGCAGGCUGCUGGCUCUGAAUCUUUGCAGCAAAUCGCGACUUUGUUUUUUGGUGGGCCGGAUGACCGUGAGGCGUUGGGAUUCAGUAAACGGCUUAGCACGCAUCAUCAUACGAGCCUUACGAUAGUUCGAUUUCUCCCGACAUCAGCGAAAGAUCCUAAUGUGAGGAUUAAUGUUGAUCAGAAGGAUGAUGAUGUUUUGGUGGCUAUACAGGAUCAUGAAACACAGAUUGAAGAGGCAGACAAUUCAGCAUUGGCAAAUUUCUAUCACAGGUACGUGACAUCGGGGAAAGUGAGAUUCGUAGAGAAGUACGUGGAGAACGGGGUGCAAACUGGGAUGAUAUUGAGAGACAUGGCGGAGACAUACUCAAUGUUCGUGGUAGGGAAAGGUGGAAGAGGAGACUGCCUUUUAACUACCGGAAUCAGUGACUGGGAAGAGUGCCCGGAGCUUGGCGUAGUAGGCGAUUUCUUGGCUUCUAGUGAAUUCGAUAUUAGUGGUUCGGUUUUAGUCGUUCAACAACAUAGAUGAGUCCAAUCAUAGGCAGAGGUACGAAUCGUUUCUUCAGAACGAGCAGCUCGUGUUGAAAAGAGCAGGCAUCGGACA